AUGGUCCAACUGUCGCUCAUUGAGGAGAUCAAGGAUAAGGCGUUACGCCUUAUUCCGAACUCUUACAUCGACAUCGUGGAGGAGUGCACCGCUCCGCAACUCCUCAUUCCCACCUACGAGCACGUCAAAUUUCUCUGUGAGACGGUGAACAAGAAACCCGAGGCGACCGUUGACGUUGUGCGAGCAAUCCGGCGCCGUAUCGCGGAUUCUCACGUCGCCGUCAAGCACCUGACGAUCCAGCUGCUGGAGUCGAUGAUCAAGAACUGCUCAACAGGGUUUCACGUUGAAGUGGCGACGCAGAAGGGUCUUCUGCGCGAUCUGGUCGCUGUCGCGUGCGUGCAGCCAACGACCGGCCGCGCGAUGCAAGCGAAAGAGUCAGCGCUCUUGCUGACGCUCAACCUCAGCAUCUGGUUUCGCGGCCACCCCGCCGAGGAGUGCUACAUCCUGACGACGCUCGCCGACGACGUCCGAAACCAGAUGGGGCCGAAUUGCUUCGAGGGCCUCGAACCGGAACGCAACGCACGCAUGAAGGUGGAGGUUCGGGGCCCCAACCAUAAUCGCCGACAGCCGAGCCAGCGCUCGGAUGUUGGUCGCAACUUACACGGGGCACACUCGCACGGUCAUCACCGCGACAAGCGCAAUAUCGUGAACGCCAUCGCAAUCGACCUUCCCACCUCUGAGCGUGUGUCGGCGAUGCUGGAAACGUGCAUGACGUUUUCUGAUUACGUAAACAAUGCCGAGACGAAUCCCGAGGUAUGUUUGCGCGAUGAUGAAGUUGUGCUGAGCUACGUGUCCCAGCUGCGCGACGACCACAUUUACGUCACAAUUCUACUGUCCUCGAACCUGCAGCUGGACCGCGACUUACUGCGGACCGUCUCUGACAGUCAGUCGGCUGUGCUGGCGAAGGUUGAAAAGUCGAUGGCACAGCCACUCGCUGACGCCACGCCCGAGGGGUCGUCAGCGUUGCCGUCAGCAGUGCAGCAAACCCUAAUGCGCUCCGCUGUUGACACAGAGCAGAACAGCGGCGACGUCUCUGCUUUUCAGGAGGCGGGGAUGCAACAACGCCUGCCACCGCCACGCGCUGAGGUGCCGAGCGGGAACGUCAGAAUGACAGGCAUCUCUCCGGCGCCGGUGUCUACUCCGCCCCUCGCUGCUGCUCCAGUAGUGGAGGACUUGUUGGAGAAUGGGCAGUCUGCGCCACAGGCUACGUCUUCAGUGCCCAAGUCACCCGUGCUAUCCAUAGAGGAGCCGGGGUCGACGCCGGUACCAUCUCCUCCGGCGGCAUCGCCUGCUGUGGGCGACUUCGCUACAACCACGCCCACUAGCUCCAAUGCGGCGUCGCCGUCACCCAUGCAUGCAGAAGCAGCGGAAGAGAGUGGGGCGGAGGAGACGCCAGCGCCACUCCAUGCAGCAUCCGAGUCCGCCCUGGCAGUGGAGGCCGCAGCGGCGCCCGCCCCACCGACCACGGGCUUACCAAAGGACGCAGAUGAUUUCGAUGCCUUUCUUGAAGGUCACACGGUGAACUAG